AUGUUGCGUGAGAUAAAACCUCGAAAUGCUCGGACCGCCCGCAUUGUCAAAGCACGCGAGCCUCAACAGCAGGAAGCGAGGAAACGGGUCUUGCUCCUACAUGGAACAAAAUGCCCACAGCCUGUCAACAGUGUGCUCAAAACCGUACACACUCUCACCAAACCGGACUCGGUGAUGCUCACCAAGAAGAACGAGAACAUCCACCCCUUCGAGAACGCCGAGUCCUUGGAGUUUCUGGCAGGGAAGAACGAAUGUGGGGUGGUGGUCUUUGGCACCCAUUCCAAGAAAAGACCGAACAAUAUCACAGUCUUGCGGAUAUACGAUGGCAAGCUUCUUGACAUGGUCGAGCUGCUCCUUCUUGUGCCCAAGGACGAGCCACAGUCGGAGGUUAAAUUGCAGAUCGGAGUCGAAAUGAAGCCUUUAAUAUUAUUCGCCGGGUCGCAGUGGGAUGACACUUCUUCGUCGGCGCAAGCUACGCUCUAUCAGUCCCUCAGAUCUAUAAUGUUGGAUCUUUUCCAAGGUGAAGAGGUGUCCUCGAUUGACGUGGCAGGUCUACAGUAUCUCCUAAUGAUCGCCGCGGGCGAGAGCCCUAAUUCUUCGGGAGAUCCGAACGAUCCCACGAGCAAGCCUGUUCUUCAUCUCAGGUGGUAUCGAAUUCGAACUAUGAGAUCCAACAGCCCCAAGAUUCCUCGCGUCGAGCUCGAGCCUAUCGGACCCAGCUUCGACUUUCGAGUUGGUCGAUUCCACGAAGCGGAUGCGGCCGUGAUGAAGGAUGCUUUAAAACAUGGCCGUCGGCCAAACGAAGCACGGACGAAAAAGAACAUCGAAACGGAUCUGGUGGGUGACAAGAUUGGCCGCGUGCACCUUGGAAAGCAGGAUCUUUCGAACCUACAGACACGGAAAAUGAAAGGGCUUAAAAGAAACCGUGACGACCUUGAGGAUGAAGAAGAGAUGGCAGACGUGGAUGGCGAGGAAGACAUCAUUAGUCAAGACGAAGACAUGGAAAACGGCGGUAUGGACAUUGACGACUUGUCGGAAGGAAGCAGUGGUCUAGGAAGCGGAGAUGAAAUUAGUAUCGGCGAAGAUGACGAUGAGGAGAUGAACGGCAUAAGAGACGACGACAAUGACAAGCCGAAACGCCAGCGAACCUCUUGA